CCGGGCCUGGCUGUGCGGCCGCCAUCGCCGGGGAGCCGGGAUAGGAGCCGGGAUGGGAGCCGGGAUGGGAGCCGGGAUGGGCCCCGGGCGCUGGUGGCGGGCGGCGCGGGCCCUGCGGGCGGCGGGCGGCGGCUGGAGCCGGGCGGCAGCGCCCGGCCCCGCCUGCCGCAGCCUCUGCGCCGCCGCGGCGCCGAACCUCUCCUACCAGGAGCUCAAAGACUUGAAGAAGGCCAACGUCCUUCACAUCGACGUGCGGGAGAGGUGGGAGAUCGACAGGUUUGGGAAAAUCCCCGAGUCCAUCAACAUACCGCUGGGUGAAUUAAUAGAAGCUCUACAAAUGGACCCAACGGAGUUCAAGGAGCAGUAUAAACAAAAAAUGCCAUCCAAGUCAGACCCUGUGGUUUUCUCCUGUUUGGCAGGAACAAGAAGUAAACAAGCACUUGGUUUUGCCAUGUCCUUGGGUUUCAGCAGGUACGAUUUUGUGUGUAAGGAUGGGAUUAAUGCUGCUUCCCCCAUGAAGCAGAACACAUACUCACCUGUGUACAAAGAGUUCAGCAGUAUGCUGGUGGCUUUGACGACUGGGUAAAACAUGAACCUCCAGAAAAGAAAUGAAGAUGACAGCCCCACCCACAUGGACGUUCACCUUCAAACAGCCAUACAUAUCAACUGUCUAGUUUAAAUUAUACCCAAAGACUAUGACACAAACAGAGGACAUUAAAUUUGCUCAACCUUUCAACCUUUACUUUGGGUUAUGGUUUUGAUGAAUGCAUGUGAAGAGAACCUAAGUGCAGAUUAUGUUUACUUUUUUUGUAUGAUGUAGUUUGUGACUGUUUAAACUAAUGAUGAUAGGACAAAUAAAAUUAUUAUUUCUCAA